CAGCGUUUAUUUUAAUCCUAUGGCCUCUCCUGCUCAAACCCUACCGACAGUUAUCCUUGAUGGAGUCAUCACCUAUCUGGAGAACACUUCUGUGAACAGGGUGCUAUUCAGAGAUAUUAGGCGCUACCCGUUCCGAGAAGUCGUUAAACUACUUGGCGUAUGCUCGUGGUGGAGAAACACAACACUGAAUCGGAUGUACCAGCAUAUCUGGUGGUGCAAUGAUGGUGGAUGCAUCGGGUGCUGCCCAGCUAUACUUGAUGACCUGUCGACACCACAGUCCUUGACUACUGCACUCAGCUCUGGCAAUAUAUCUCGGGCAAAAACUAUAGCACUUCACUGGAAGAGCCGAGAUGUUCUCAGGUCUGCUCCGUCCAAAGGCAUUGUAUUCACCAGCAUCACCAGCAUUCAUUUUGAUUUCAACGAUGAAUUGGCAGAGCACAUGGACCCGCAUCUCGAUGAGAUCUUGCACGCUCAGACCUUCUGUGCUGAAAUCAGCAGACUGUUUCCUAAUGCUCACCGCUGCAUUGUGCAAAGCUUCGAGUUCUUCGGGAAGCAUGCCAAUAGGCUGUUUGUGCAGUGCCUAACUGCCGGGCUAUUUACUCAGCCAGUUCUGGCCAACUCUCCCUUCAGUGUCCGUGCCUUGAGUACGCUGGUAUUGGAGCACGUUGUUAUCGAAUCAUCGGCUGUGGAAAUCAUUCGCCAAAGCGCUUUUACUCUAAAGGACCUCAAAAUAUCUAGCCUGGACCAGCGAAUAUUCACCAAGGUGGUCUGCUCGGACAAUGGCGCUCCGAUUGUAUAUCCUCAAGCUGGUACGCCAUUCCCAUCCCUUGAAAAACUCGUACUCGGCGACAUAUAUCCGUUUGGCAACGACAUUAUUUUUCGAGGAAUCCUGGAGCCAUACGGUGUGUUCAGUCCCGGCUAUUUCAAGGAGCUGAGAUUUAUUCACGCAAUCAUCUCAUCGUAUGGACGAUACCUCGGGUCGUUUGAAGAGAUCAAGUCUCUGUUCCACUCUAGCACCAAAGUGAGCAUCAUAAAAUGCUACGGCUUCCCGAUCUCGGUAGACCCACAGGGACUCUUAGACGACGGCUUUGGGCAACAUAUCAUGCUCCUUGACACACCAAACAUCAAGCUCACUAUCCGCCAAACGCUGCAGCUGAUUCACAAUCUUCCAAACCUUAAGCGGAUGGCCAUUUUGGUUGCAGAAACUGACGAGUUGCGCAUCAACACUAGAAGGGUCAGCGGGCUUCUAGGUAUGUGGCGGUCGAUAACGGAUCCGCUAAGAAACAUCCAACUCCCAGAUGCCAGACAUCCUCUCAGAAAUUUGCAGCACUUAUACUGCCAGUACUUUCCACUCUCUAUCCGUCUCUUCCAAUUCGACGGGCACAUUCAUGCUGAUAACCCGCUUCAGGCUGCCAGUAAAAUGGCUGUCAUUAUAAUGGCAUUGUGCCCGUUGGUUCAGAGGUUCCGUGCAUUCAGGCAUGAUAUAUGGCGAGUGUCGGAUGUGAGUGUUACAAGAGAAACAUUUGUGGACCGCAGUAAACUAGAAGAAACACGGCACCAUAUCAACCUCUUAGGAAAGCUUCGGAGAGCAAAGCCCUAGCCUAUUUAGUAUAUUUUUAUGAGGCAUGUUCCAAUAAAACAAAGCUUGUCAUGUCG